CCACAUUUACAAUCAUUUAAAUACAUAUAAUGACCCAUUUGGAUGUUGAACUGUUUCUACACAAUGCAUUCUUUUCUUUUCAGUCACUGCAAGAGGUUUCAGCUCCCUCUCUCCCCUGUCGGGAGAGAGUCAGAGCUGCUGCUGCUCUAAUCCAGCAGCACUCCCACUAGUGUGGCAGCAGAGGAGACAAGGACACGCCAAUCUCCGGUCCACUCCUGAGGUUAAAAACCUGCACGGCAGCACCAGGCGUCAGAGCUCUUCAUAACCUGACAGGGGAAUAGAUUCUAGAAACCGGACAGCGGGAUAGUCUAUCUGAACCAACACCUCAGGCACGACAGAUUGGGAUGUUCAACACGUGCUCGCAGUGUUUUUCUGUUCAGCUUUACACCGUGAGAACACAAAGACUGCCAUAACUGAGGAAAACUCCACUCAUAUCAACUUGGCUCUAGAAGCAGACGGACAGACCGACCGACCGACUACAGAAACAGCCUUGCAUCAUGGGGAUUGCCGUGUACAACAUCUCGGCCACCUCGGCCAGAGUGAGCUGGCCGUCGUCCCCCAGCUGCCUGGACACCUUCUACAGCGUCAUGUACGACCCAAACUGGAACAGCCUGCUCAUGGGCUACAAGCGCAAGAGUUUCAUGCACGAGGAACGCAUCCCCGUCAGUCAGACCAGCACGCACCUGGCCAACCUCCUCCCCCAGACUGCCUACUUCUUGUGCGUGACGUGUCAGGCAGCCAAUCCAGUGCGCGACCAGUGCCAGGUGUUCAGCACUCUGAGUGAUGGCAGCGAAGCUCACGACCGGGCCGGGUGGGAGCUCGCCAUGGGCGUCUGGCUGACCUGCUGCAUCUUGCUCCUGGUCAUUGCCGGCAUUCUGUUGUGGGGAUGUCUCCACACCAUCUGCUCCAUCCCCAGUCAGGACGCAGACGGCUGCCAUGUUGUGACCAACUCAAACCGCCAAGACAUGUCUGGAUCUGGACGCUUCUACGCUCCCAGACGCACCAGCGAGGACAGCGCCAAACAUGCCAGCAUCAUGCAGCCCACCCUCUCAGUGCAGACCACUGGCAACAUAAUGACCCAGGACCACGAGCUGAGGACACUCGCUAAGCUGUCUGGCACCGAGCCAGUAUGAAUCAACUGGAUUGAGGUCAUCAAAGCAUUGUUGUGCCCAGACUGAAUUAUCCCAGAGUUUUUUCAUCCAAUGUUUAAAUUCUACGGAAGCCCAGAAGGUGUCGUGGAGAAAAAAAUUUGAAACUAAUCUGUGAAUUUUGAAUUACUAAUCCGUGCUUUCGAUGUAUUGUCUAUCUUGUUUAUUAUCUUUAAUGCACCCACAGUUGUGGCACUCACAAUUUCAUUGUAUGGGUCUCUGUGCAAUGACAAUAAUUGCUCUUGAAACAUUACUAAUAUUAACACAGACACUUUAUCAUCUGUUCUUCUUGCCGUACUGCAACCAAGACACUGCAAGCUUUAUAUGUAUCACUUUGUGCAUCUUGUACAAAAAAAAACAGAGUUUACCUGUUGCAGUCAGACAACUAAUCUCAGGCCAACACCAUCAGAUCUAAUUCAUAUUAGUUUGACUAUUUGGAAUGGCCAGUAUUCUGCUAAAGUACAACAAAUUGCUCGCUGAAUUAAAAAAAAACAUUACCCUGGCGUAGAUUAACGCACAGGAGAGCCUGGCAGGGUUGACCAGAUUUAU